AUGCCAAGCAUCUAUCCACAAAUCUUAUGCCAUCACCUUCAUGUCAACCCAGCCAGCAGACCAGUAGGGCAAAAGAGAUGCAACUUCGCUCUCGAGCGACUUGCUGUCAUUGAAGACGAGAUCGACAAGUUCUUUGCUGCCGGUUUCAUUGAAAAAGUAUCCUACGCAGAAUGGCUGGCCAAUGUUGUUAUGGUAGCAAGAAACGAUAAGGGCUUAGGGCUUGUGAAGAGUUUGCGUCGACUACACCGACCUCAAUAA